GUGGGUGGGAGCUUGCUUAUAAAAAAGUGGAGUCGAGUGAUCUGUGUUAAUGGAGUCACUGUCGCCCAGGAACUCUGGGCAGGUUCCUGUCCCGUCAAGAGUGCUGGAGGCCGAACUUGGAAUCCAAGUUUAAGGUUCCCUAGAGGACGAAGGAUAAGGAGCUGAGCUCCCCGCUCCCCCUCCCAGUCUGCGGCGGGAGAGGCCACCCCCGACCCUGGUUAAAACUCCCGGGGAGUCAUCGCUGCUCCCACCUCUGCUUCUUCCCCCACGCUCCCACUCGGGGUCCCCUUCACAGCUGGGAGUCGCAGCGGUCGCAGCUUGGGCGGGUGGAUGUGCUCGCCCACCGGUUCCCGGGAACUUGGGGGCGGCUGCUGAGCCCCGUCGAUCGCGGAGGACUUGUAUUCGCUUUCUGCACCCUCACCCCGGAGAGGAGCCGAGGGGUUUCCCCCAUGAUCUCCCGGAUCUUCAGGGUGCGCAUGUGGGCCCCUGUCGGCGUCCUGACCUCGCUGGCGUACUGCCUCCACGAGCGGCGGGGGGCUGACGACCAGAAUUCCGUCGACCGAAGCCUGCUGGAGCUGAAAAUGGUGCAAGUCGUGUUUCGACACGGGGCGCGGAGCCCUCUCAAGGCGCUUCCGCGGGAGGAGCAGGUAGAGUGGAAACCCCAGCUACUAGAGGUCCCACCCCAAACUCGGUUUGAUUACACAGUCACCAAUCUAGCUGGUGGCCCGAAGCCACAUUCUCCUUUCGACUCUCAGUACCACGAGACCACGCUGAAGGGGGGCAUGUUUGCUGGACAGCUGACCAAGGUGGGCAUGCAGCAGAUGUUUGCCCUGGGAGAGAGGCUGAGGAAGAACUACGUGGAGGACAUCCCCUUUCUUUCUCCAACCUUCAACCCACUGGAGGUCUUCAUUCGUUCCACUAACAUAUAUCGGAAUCUGGAGUCUACCCGGUGUUUGCUGGCUGGGCUUUUCCAAUGUCAGAAAGAAGGUUUGAGUUUGGGCUCUACGAGUCAGCCCCUGUCCCUGAGGAGCCUCUUCUUCUCACUUCCAAAGCCCCGCUCCCUCUUUCUUGGACCCAUCAUCAUCCACACUGAUGAAGCAAGCUCUGAAGUCUUGUACCCCAACUACCAAAACUGCCAGAGGCUCCGGGAAAGAACCAGAGGCCGGAGGCAGGCUGCUGCUUUGCAGCCAGGGAUCUCAGAGGAUUUGAAGAAGGUGAAGGAAGGGAUGGGCAUUGCCAGUAGCGAUGGAGUGGACUUCCUCAUCCUCCUGGACAACAUGGCUGCUGAGCAGGUGCACAGCCUCCCGAGCUGCCCCACGCUGAAGAGGUUUGCAUGGAUGAUUGAGCAGAGAGCAGUGGACACAGUCUUGUACAUCCUGCAAAGGGAAGACAGGGAAAGCCUUCAGAUGGCAGUGGGCCAAUUCCUCCACAUUCUGGAAAGCAACCUGCUGAAAGUCGUGGACCCUGCCACCCCGCCCGGCAAGACCAGAAAGCUGUACCUCUAUGCAGCUCAUGACGUGACCCUCAUGCCUCUCUUAAUGGCCCUGGGGAUUUUUGACCACAAAUGGCCCCCGUUUGCUGUGGACCUGACCAUGGAACUCUACCAGCACCGGGAGUCUAAGGAGUGGUUUGUGCAGCUCUAUUACCGCGGGGAGGAGCAGGUGCCGAAAGGUUGCCCUGACCGGCUGUGUCCGCUGGACAAGUUCUUGAACACCAUGUCGAUUUAUACCUUGAGCCCAGAAAAAUACCACACACUCUGCUCUGAAGCCCAAGUGAUGGGACUUGGAAAUAGAGAGUGAGUGAUUUGUACAAGUAGGAUGUGUUGAUUUUUUGAAUAAAAUGCCUUUAUACAA